CAACAACGUGUGCGUUGGAUAGGGCGAUUGAAUUGGUGGGUUUUGCCGGUUGCGAUAUUUAUGGUAUUUACGUAAGGAGUUAGGGUUAGUUAUCAUUCAAGGGUGAGCAAAGAAUUUGAGGAGUCAAGCACUUCCAGGGCACAGAUGGAAGAGGUAAAAGCUAUGCUGAAAGAAAUUCCUGGGAGGAUUGGUUCUGCCAGCCUCACAGAGAGGCGACAUGUCUUUGACCAGCUGGACAAAGCCAUUAAAACAGCUGAGCUGCCAGAGCCGGCCGUGCGGGGCAUCUGUCGGCUGCUGGCCUCCACACUGUACCGCUACAAUGACAACAAGUCGCGCGCCCUGGUGGCGGCCGCCGUUCGCCAACUGGCCGCGCACCACGCGGAGGCGGCUGGCCGCCACCUGCCGGCGGCGCUGGCCGACACGGCCCGCGCCUGCAGCGCCGCGCACGCCUCCAAGUCGAGCGCCGGCACGCACUUGGUGGCCUUCUCCUGGACUUGCACGCUGCUGGAGCUGAGCUUCGCCGCGCCGCUGGCCGGCCAGCAGGAGUUCGCCGCGCUGGCCGGCGUACAGGCGCGCCUGCUCACCAGCGUGGUGGCCUCUGAGCAGAACAAGCUGGCGGACAAGGCACACAAGGCGUUCAGCCAGGCGUUGCGGACGGACGAGCAGGUUGAAGCUUACCUUGGGUACCUCAGCGCGACCGAGCUGACCCUGGCGGACCUGGUGCUCGGCUCUCAUGUCGUCCGCUGCCUGGCCGGCCGGAAGCAGACGGACCAGAUCGCACGGCUGAAGAAGCCGUUGCUGGCGGGCGUGGUGCGGGUGGUGGUGGGCGGCAAGAGCCGGUCGCCGGCGGCGCCGCUGCUUUACUGCGGCCACGUGCUGCGCCACCUGACGCACGCUGAGUUCGGCGGCGAGCUGCUGCCGGCGCUGGGGCGCGCCCUGCUGCGCAGUCCCGAGUUGGCCGUCAGCAGCGCCGCUGCCCUGCUCGACCGGCUCCAGCUCGACCUCAGCCAGUACGCCGGCGAGCUGGCCAAACCGCUCGGAACGCACAUCCACAGCAAGGACGAGCAAACGCGCGAGGACACGAGCCGCGCGCUGCUGGCGCUGGUGCGCCACUGCAGCGACGCGGCGGCCGUGCAGCUGCUGCUGGACCGGCUUCUGGGCGUGCUGCACGGCUCUGAGGGCAAGCUAACCGUGCUCGAUCAAAAGCUGGCCGUCCUCAAGGCCGUCGGAAACCUGUCACAGAGCGCUGUGACGGGCAGCAGCACCCAGACUCUGGUGUCCUCGGCUGCCGGCGGCUUCGUCCGGGUGUUUGAGUCGGAAGCUCACGAGGGCACGCUGGUGGUGGCGCUGCGUCAGCUGCGCCGGUGGUGUGCCUGCAUCGCCGGCCAGCCGCCGCCGCAGCUCGUGGAUUGGUUCAAGAAGUGCCUGGGCCUCAAGUCGACGACGUCGGCCGCCCGUCUGGGCCACCUGCUGUGUAUGGAGGUGACGCUGAAGGGCGCGGCGGCGCCGCUUCUGGCCGACAUCACCGAGCCGCUCACCAAGACUGUGGAGCGGGCCGUCGCCAACAGCUCCCAGGUGCCGGUGGUGGCUGAGGGAGUUGUGGCCGCUCUCCUGCUGCUGCGGCUUACGGAUGUCGACCCCGCCGUGAAGCUGGACAACGUCUUCAGCAUGCUGCUGGACGAGAAGCGGACCUUCUUCAAUGAGAAGUUUGUGCAGGCCGCCCCUGACGAUGCGGUGACCUGCCUCUGUCAGCUGUGCGAGCGGCUGUUGCACACGCACGCCGAGCGAGUGUCGCGCGUAGCCGGCGCCGACCGAGCCGUGGCGCGCGCGCUGGUGCUGGUGCUGUGCCGGCCGGGCGCGGCGCUGGUGCGUGCCGCCGCCGCCGCCGCCACCCGCCGCCUGACGGCCGCGCUCGGCGGCGCCCAGCUGGCUGCUCUUAUGCUGGACGAAUGUCGCGACUACCUGGACAGCGUCAGGGUACAGCCGUCGAGCGGGGAACUCGAGCCGGCCGAGCCGCCCUGCCUCACCUCCCACCUGGUGGCAUUCUGCCUGGGCGCCGUGUGCGAGAUCAAGGACCUCCAGCAGCACGAAGCCGACAUGCUGGCACUCCGGCUGCUCCAGCCCGCUCAUCACCCGGCCGUCGUGGCCGACCGGCCGGACCUGUGGGUACGCAUCGUGAAGUGGCUCGGCGUGGGGCCGGUCCAGUUUGUGGAGCGCCACCAGGCCGACCUGAUCCGGCUCUUCACCGAGGAGUACCGGCCGACCAAGGCGUGGCAGGCGGCCCUGUCCACGCUGGUCUCGCUGGCCGGCGACGCGCUCGUGCCGCCUGUCGUCCAGUUCGCCAUGUCGUGUCUGCGCGAGGAGGCGCUGAUGACCGUAUCGCUGGAGGAGUACAACAUCUACCGCACGCCCGAGGGCACCCUGUACGACACCAGCGUCAAGGACAGCGCCAAGGAGGUGCAGUCAGCCAACAUCAAGCGUGACAGCAAGCUGUACUCGUACAAGGAGCAGAUGGAGGAGCGUGCUCUGCGGCUGGAGCUGGAGGCCAAGCGGCGCCGCGAGGGACGCGCCGUGCCCGAGCAGCUGACCGCCAAACAGAAGGAGGCCGUGGCCCAGCAGCUGGAGAGAGAGAGCAAGAUCAGGAGUCGGUUGGUCGAGGUGGACGCUCGCUUCAGUGCAGCCGCGUCGCUGGUGGACGCCGCCGCUGCCGGUGCCCCGACGUCGCUGCAGCAGCAGUACACCGAGCUGCUGCCGACGCUGGUCUCGUCCCUGCAGUCGCCGCUGGCGGCGCCCGUCACCAGCCAGCUGUGGCUGCGGCUGGCCCGGCUGCCCUUCGACGCGCCUCAGAAGCCUCUGGCGGAGACCGUGGCGCACGUCACCCUCCGUCUGGCCGAGCCGCAGUGCGCCGUGGAUGCCGGCUGGGAGGCAGAGCAGCCGGCCGAGGCCGCCUACUGGCGCGUGCUGCGCCUUCUGCACGAUCGCUGCGCCGCCGCCGGCCGGCUGCGGGCGCCCGCCUUCGUCGUCUGUUUCCACCUGCUGCGGCACGUGCUGGAGACGGCCACCGACGACGAGGAGCUCAUGCUGAAGGGCCUCAGGCUGAUCCAGAUGCACGCCGAGCUGCGAGGCGACGGCGAUCUCAGCGACCCGAGCCUGCUGCCGCGCCGGGCGCUCAUCACGCUCGUGCUGCGCGUCAUCGGCGCCACGGCCGGCCGGGUGCAGCAGAAAGCGUGCGCCGCGCUGCUGGAGCUGGCCGCCUGCGCCUCUGGCGAGGAGGGCUGCGCCGUGGCCGGUCGGCCCGAGCUGCAGGCGCUGCUCGACGCUCUGCGCAGCCCGGUCGUCUCGGUUCGCGACGCCGCGCUGCGGAGUCUGAACGUGCUGGCGGACGUGUUGGAGUCGCUGGAGGGCUCGGAGCUGCCGCACGUACUCGCCGAGAGGAUCUUCCUCACCAAGUUUGACGACUCGGACGAGAUCAGGUCGGCCGGUGACCAGCUGUGGGAACGUCUGUCGCUGACCGAGGAGGCGUGGCUGCUGGCGCCGCUGCUGGAGGACGCGGUGUACCCGGAAGAGUGUGUGCAGCGCGCGGCGGCCAGCGGACUGGCCAGCCUGCUGCAGGAUCACGGUGCUCAAACGGCCACCGUGCUGCAGCAGCUGCUGACGCUGUACGACGACAAGCUGGAGAUGACGCCGCCGGUGCUGGACCAGUUCGGCCGGGUGGUGCAUGAGGCGCAGGACGUCUGGCGGCCGCGGCUGGGCGUGGCGCUGGCGCUGAAGGCCAUCGGACCGUUCUGCCAGGACAAGCUGAUCGCUCAGAUCAUGUCGUUCUUCGUGCCGACUGGUCUGGGGGACCGAGCCGCAGACGUCCGCAACGGCAUGCUGUCGGCGGCGCUGACCUGCGUUGAAGCCAACGGAAAGGAGGCGGCCACCAGCCUGCUGCCCGUGUUCGACGAAUUCCUGGACUCGGCGCCGGCCACGCAGAACUUCGACUCGGUCCGCCAGUCUGUCGUUAUCCUCAUGGGCUCACUGGCAAAGCAUCUGAACAAGACCGACCCCAAGAUCAAGCCUAUCGUCACCAAGCUGAUCCAGGCCCUGGACACGCCCUCCGAGCAGGUGCAGAACUCCGUGUCCUCGUGCCUGCCGGCGCUGGUGCCGGCCAUCAAGGAGGACGUGCCGGCCAUGGUGCGCCAGAUGCUGUCCCGUCUGCUGGAGUCGGACAAGUUCUCGCAGCGGCGCGGCGCCGCCUACGGCAUCGCCGGCCUCGUCAAGGGUCUCGGUAUCCUGGCCCUGAAGCAGCUCGAGAUCAUGAACGUGCUCAUCAAUGCCAUUCAGGACAAGAAGGACUUCAAAAAACGAGAGGGCGCCCUCUUUGCCUUCACCAUGCUCUGCAACAUGCUGGGCCGGCUGUUCGAGCCAUACAUCGUGCACGUGCUGCCCCACCUGCUGCUCUGCUACGGCGACUCCAACUUGUACGUGCGGGAGGCGACAGACGAGACGGCGCGUGCCGUCAUGUCCAACCUGUCGGCGCACGGCGUCAAGCUGGUGCUGCCCUCGCUGCUGGCCGCGCUCGAGGAGGACUCGUGGCGCACGAAGGCCGGCUCUGUGGAGCUACUGGGCUCGAUGGCGUACUGCGCGCCCAAGCAGCUCUCGUCGUGCCUGCCCAGCAUCGUGCCUCAGCUGAUCGAGGUGCUGGGCGACUCGCACCAGCGCGUGCAGCGCGCCGGCGCCCAGGCGCUCAAGCAGAUCGGCUCAGUCAUCCGCAACCCCGAGAUCCAGGCGAUCGUGCCGACGCUGCUGUCGGCGCUGCAGGACCCGGCCGGCCGCACCUCGUCGGCGCUCACCAUUCUCAUCGACACCAAGUUCGUGCACGUGAUCGACGCGCCGUCGCUGGCGCUCAUCAUGCCGGUGGUGCAGCGAGCCUUCCAGGACCGGUCGACUGAGGUGCGCAAGAUGGCCGCCCAAAUCAUCGGCAACAUGUACUCGCUGACAGACCAGAAGGAUCUGGCGCCGUACCUGCCCGGCAUCAUCCCCGGUCUCAAGUCGUCCCUGCUCGACCCCGUGCCGGAGGUGCGCAGCAAGUCUGCGCGCGCGCUGGGCGCCAUGGUGCGUGGCAUCGGCGAGUCUUCGUUCGAGGACCUGCUGCCGUGGUUGAUGCAGACGCUGACCUCUGAGCAGAGUUCGGUGGACCGCUCCGGCGCCGCCCAGGGACUCAGCGAGGUGGUCGGCGGCCUGGGCGUCCAGAAGCUGCACAAGCUGAUGCCAGACAUCAUCGCGACGGCAUCACGGACGGACAUCGCGCCGCACGUCAAGGACGGCUACAUAAUGAUGUUCAUCUACAUGCCGAUGGUGUUCCAGUCAGAAUUCACCCCGUACAUCGGCCAGAUCAUCCCGUCCAUCUUGAAGGCGCUGGCGGACGAGACUGAGUUUGUGCGCGAGACGGCACUGAAGGCGGGCCAGCGGAUUGUGAACGUGUACGCCGACACCGCCGUACAGCUGCUGCUGCCAGAGCUCGAGCUGGGCCUAUUCGACGACAACUGGCGCAUCCGGUUCAGCUCGAUCCAGCUGCUGGGUGACCUGCUCUACCGGAUAUCGGGCGUGUCCGGCAAGAUGAGCACGGAGACGGCCGGCGACGACGACAACUUCGGCACCGAGCACAGCCAGCAGUCGAUCAUCCACAUCUUGGGCGUGGAACGGCGCAACCGGGUGCUCUCCGGCCUGUACAUGGGCCGCUCGGACGUGGCGCUGAUGGUGCGCCAGAUCUCGCUACACGUCUGGAAGAUCGUGGUUCCCAACACGCCGCGCACGCUGCGUGAGAUCCUGCCCACGCUGUUCACCCUGCUGCUCGGACACCUGGCCAGCACCAGCCACGACAAGCGCCAGGUGGCAGCGCGGACGCUGGGCGACCUGGUGCGGAAGCUGGGCGAGCGCGUGCUGCCGGAGAUCAUCCCGAUCUUGGAGCGGGGCCUGCAAUCGGACGAACCGGACCAGCGCCAGGGCGUCUGCAUCGGCCUGAGCGAGAUCAUGGCCUCCACCAGCCGGGACAUGGUGCUCGCCUUCGUCGACAGUCUGGUGCCCACCGUCAGGCGGGCGCUGUCUGACCCUCUGCCGGAGGUGCGCGCCGCCGCCGCCCAGACGUUCGACUCGCUCCACAACACGGUGGGCACGCGCGCCCUGGACGAGAUCCUGCCGCCGCUGAUGGAGCAGCUGAGCCACCCCGGCGGACAGGCGGAGUACGUGCUGGACGGCCUGCGUCAGGUGAUGGCCAUCAAGUCGCGGGUCGUGCUGCCGUACAUGGUGCCGCAGCUGACGGCGCCGCCCGUCAACACCAAGGCGCUCAGCAUCCUGGCCUCGGUGGCCGGCGACGCCCUGACGCGCCACCUCGGCCGCAUCCUGCCGGCGCUCAUGUCAGCCAUGGGCGCCGCCGAGGCCGGCGAGCCGGCCGCAGAGCAGGCCGGCUACUGCGAGUCGGUGAUCCUGUCGGUGCUGGAGCCGGGCGGCGUGCGGACCGUGGUGGACGAGCUGCUGGAGGCGACGCGCGCCGGCUCGCUGCCGCGCCGCCGCGCCGCCGUGGCGCUGCUCGCGUCGUUCUGCGGCCAGACGCGCGCCGACUACGAGCAGCACGUGCCGCAGCUGUUACGCGGACUCACGCAUCUCUUCAUCGACGAAGAUGAGCGCCUGCUGCAGUCUGCCUGGGAGGGUCUAAGCGCCGUCAUCAAGCGGUUGGAGCUGGAUGACGAGCACAGCUACUACAUCCCGGACGUGCGCCAGGCGGUGCGGUUCGCCGCCAGCGACCUCAAGGGCAAGCAGCUCAUGCCCGGCUUCUGCCUGCCCAAGGGCAUCACCCCGAUGCUGCCCAUCUUCCGCGAGGCGGUGCUGAACGGCGCGCCCGAGCUGAAGGAGUCGGCGGCCGCCGGUCUGGCUGAGAUGAUCCGGCUGACUUCGCCGGCGGCGCUGCGCACCAGCGUCGUCCACAUCACCGGACCGCUGAUCCGUAUCCUGGGCGACCGGUUCGCCUGGAACGUCAAGGUGGCCGUGCUCGAGUGUCUGGCGCUGCUGCUCGAGAAGGUGGGCGUCAUGCUGAAGCCGUUCCUGCCGCAGCUGCAGACCACCUUCCUGAAGGCGCUGGUCGACCCGCACAAGCAGGUGCGCCUGCGUGCGGCCACCGCGCUCGGCCGACUGAUCCCGAUCCACACGCGCGUCGACCCGCUCUUCACCGAGCUACACAGCGGCAUCCGGUCGGCAGAGGACACUGGCGUCAGGGACACUACGCUGCAGGCGCUGCGUAACCUGGUGGGUCCGGCCGGCGACAAGAUGGGCGACGCCGUGCGAAAGCCGAUGCUGACCACACUGCUGGACCUGCUGGGUCACACGGAGGAGAGCACCCGGCUGGCGGCGGCCGGCUGCCUGGCCGCCCUCUGCCGCUGGCUGCCACCCGACGAACUGCACGUGGCCUACCGCGACACCAUACUGGAUGACGACAGCAUGCUGGACUGGACAGUGCGACACGGCCGCAGUGCUGCCCUGUACGUGGCGCUCAAGUGCGCGCCCGAGCAGGUGCUAACCGACGACUGGACCAAGCGCACCAUCCGCGUCAUCGUCGGCUACGUACAGGCGGACCGGCCUCCGCUGGUGAUGAACGGCCUGCGGGCGGCUGGCUAUCUAUUGCGCCAUCAGCUGAGCAGCGCCCAGGGCGCGGCCGGCUCGCCGCUGCUGGCACCGCUCGUCCGCUCCAUCAACAACAACAGCAACGAGGUGAAGCAGCUGUCGGCGCAGGUGGUGGAGCUGCUGGCCAGCGGACACCCGGAGCCGCUGCCGGCCGACGUGGCCCGGCUGGUCAUCCCCAUGCUGGUGAACGGCACCAAGGAGAAGAACACGGUGGUGCGCGCCUGCGCCGAGAGCGCGCUCGUUGCGGUGCUCCGGCUCCGGCACGGCCAGAGCACACAAGAGGAGAUGCUGGCGAUGCUGGACGCGGGCGCGCGCGACUCGCUGCAGGAGGUGAUCAGCAAGGUGCUGCGGAAGGAUGCCGCCUUGUCAGGCCAGCAGGUGCUGGACCUGGACGAGACGGUGCUCAGCUGAUGCGGCCCGGACGACGGACGGGUCGCUCCCGAGCGGCGGUGGGCUCUGCUGAUGGGCACGGGAAAUGCAGAGUUGUUUACUUACGGCGGGUGUUGUUUCUGGGCUGCCGGCUUUACUGUAAGUGGUGUGGCGUCUGCUUAAGCAGUUGUGUGUUGAGAAUACGCAUGGCUAUCCAGGUUUGCCGCGCUUUGCGAGGGCCUGUUUUGAGCACGUGGACUGCGUGGGUGUGUCGCACUCGCGCCAGCUGCCAUGGGUUUCGUAAAUAAAACAGCGCCGCACCGCCCAAAAGUGGUCUGCUU